AUGGCAAAAGGUCCACCUGCGACUGGUGCAAGUCUUCUAUCUUAUGCGCAUCUCGUCUGUGUUCGAUAUGCGGGAUCGAGCUUUGUUACCUCUGUAUGGAGGAAGAACAGGGCGCUUGCUGCUGGUGUCCCCACCGUUAUCUCAGGGUUGGAUCAAGACGAACAUACUCUGACGCCCGGAUACCUUGCACGCAAUUUCGGUAAGGAGAAGGUCGAGGUUAUAGAUACCACGACUGGCGAGUCGCAAGAACAAGAUUUCGGGCAGUUCCUGGCGACGUUCGCUGACGCGUCGUUACAGGAUCCACCGCUCAAAGUGAAGGAUUGGCCGCCUGAUUCCGACUUUCGCCUCAAGUUUCCUGGUCUCUAUCGCUGGUUCGAGGGGCAUCUGACAGGACCGGAUGUUACUACGAUGGAAGGAAAUCUCAAUCUGGAAUCUGGGAUGCCUGAAGGCUCCUGUCCUCCCGAUACGGGCCCAAAAGGAUAUCUUGCUCAUGGGGCAGCAGGGGGUCUUAGCACGUUACUCCACUGCGACAUGACGGACGCUAUCAAUCAUUGCUUCAACGCGCGCCGUAGCGACGGUUCAAAGGGCGGGGCUGUUUGGACCACGAUUCAUCGCGAUGACAUGGAUGCUGCAACUGCAUGGCUGCGCCGUGAGAAGCGAGGCCAGUUUGCUGGGCAUCCAAUCCAUGCGCAGACCAUCUCUCUCACGGAUGAUGACGUGGAGCGUCUGCGUCACGACCGCAUUCGUGUUGCGCGCUUCGAGCAGCUGGAGGGGGAGACCGUGGUCAUUCCCGUGGGUGUCCCUCACCAAGUUGCGAACAACUCUCCCUGUAUCAAGAUCGCGAAGGAUUAUGUGACACCCUUCAAUACCGAGUCUUCGGUCAAGAUUGGACGUGAACUUCGAGAACAUCGACUUCUUACUCGUAAGGGCGCUGAAGAGCUCCAGUCAGAGGAUGUUUUGCAGUUGAAUUGCAUGUCUUGGUGGUAUCUCCAGCGUUCUCAGCUACGAGAGCUCCAAUUGGCGCGCUCAGACCCGGAUAGUAACCCAUGGGUGUCGAGGAUCUCCGCUGCUCCUUAUUGCUUACGUGCUCCCGCCAGGAUUGCUGCAGGUAACGCCCAGCUUUAA